GUCGGCCAAAUUGGCUCCACUGCACCACAUCCGCCGCCGAAUCACAGCCCCCUUUGGAGCUGACUCUAUUCCCUUUUUCCAACUCAGGAAAGGAAAUAGAUUAAAUCUGCAUCAUCUGUGCGGAGAGCACAGACUGGACCAGUCAGUUUUCCCCCGAUAAGAGGCCUGGUCUCUGCUGUUACAGAGUGCAGCGCUGCAAGUCUCAGCAACUCUGCGCAAGCCACUUCAUCCGACGUGUUGUCUCGCUUGUUUGGCAACCGUUCACUUCACCAUGAACGCCUCCCUCCCGAUCAAGAUUCUGGCUGGACUAUCGAUUCUGUGGCUGCUGAAGCUCGUCCUGCUGCCUCGACAAAGGUCCGCCGCCCCUUUGCCACCGGGACCCAAAGGCAAGCCGAUCAUUGGGAACCUGGCCGACCUGUCGCCGCCGGGUGCCCAGGAAUGGAAGCACUGGCUGGGGUUUAAGAAGCUCUAUGGCCCAAUCAGCUCCCUCACCAUCCUCGGCCAGACCAUCAUCGUCCUCAAUGACAAGCGCUCGGCCUUUGACCUCCUCGACAAGCGCUCGACCAUCUACUCGUCCCGGCCGAGGAUGACCUUUGCCGGCGAGAUCGUCGGCUGGUCCGACAUCCUCGCCAUGCAACCCUACAACGCGCGCUUCCGCACCUACCGCAAGGCCAUGCACCGAGUUCUGGGCUCCAAGGUAUCAACCGCGCAGUUCUACCCACUGCAGGACAUCGAAGUGCGACGGUUUCUUCUCCGCGUGCUGGAGAGCCCAGCGGAUCUGAUCCAGCAUAUUCGGACCGAAGCCGGCGCCGUCAUCCUCAAAAUCGCCUACGGCUACACGAUCAACCCGCACGGACGCGACCCGCUGGUCGACCUGGCCAACGAAGCCAUGGAUCGGUUCUCGGUCGCGGCGAGUCCGGGGCGCUGGCUGGUUGAUACUAUCCCGGCGUUGAAAUACAUGCCCGAGUGGUUCCCCGGCGCCUCGUUCCAACGCACCGGGCGCGCCUGGCGCAAAACCCUCCUCGAUGUCAUCGAGAAGCCCUACGACCUGGUCCGCCGGAGAAUGCGCGCGGGCACGCACGUUCCGUCGUACCUGAGCAGGCUGCUGGAAGGGAAGGAGUCUCUCACGGAGGAGGAGGAGCUCGUGGCCAAGUGGACGGCGGGGGCGUUGUAUACGGGUGGUGCCGAUACGACCGUCUCAACCCUCUCAACCUUCUACCUAGCAAUGGCGCUGCACCCAGACGUCCAACAAAAAGCGCACGAAGAGCUCGACCGCGUGCUCGGCCCCUACACGCUCCCCAGUUUCGCUGACCGCGAGCGUCUCCCCUACAUCAACGCCAUCGUGAAGGAAUCGCUACGCUGGCAUCCCGUCGCGCCCAUGGGGAUCCCGCAUCUCUGCACGCAGGAUGAUAUCUACGAGGGGUACUUGAUUCCCAAGGGGGCGGUGGUUAUGGUUAAUAUUUGGUCCAUCCUCCACAACCCCCUCACCCACCCCUCCCCGAGCAGCUUCAACCCCUCCCGCUACCUGACCGACACCCCCGAGCCGGACCCCGCGACCGUGGCCUUUGGGUUCGGCCGACGCGUCUGUCCGGGCAAGCUGCUCGCCGAGAAUACCCUCUACCUGAGCAUUGCGCAGUCGUUGGCGAUGUUCCGCGUGCUGAGGACGGAGGACACCACGGUGGAGUUUUUGCCGGGCGUGGUGAGUCAUCCGGCGCCGUUUGGGGUCGGGGUGGUGCCUAGGAGUGAGGAGCAUGAGAGGGUGGUGAGGGGGGUGAAUGAGGGGAUUGUGAAGGGGGAGAGGGAGGGGGGAAGGGGGGAUAUUGAGGGGUUGAUUUAG